AAAUCGUGCCAGAUCACGAACGAAAAUUCAGUGCACAGUCGGGCGUGAUCUCGAACACACGUAACCUCUUGGUUGACACGUUGACUGUAGAACUGUGUUUAACGUGACACGUGUACAGUGAUACAUUUCUCGGCCGUAGACGUAGAGCUGCGCCAUUAUGAGGCAACUGUAUACAACCCCCGUGGCCACUGUCACGACCCUCAUCCUGAUAGCGGGAUUGGGUUUCCUCCUCCUCAAAGGACCCCACAUCGAGGACACUUCUGCUGUUCGUAGAAUAGAAAUCCCCAAAGAAUCUUUCUCCUCAAGACUGGACGAGUUAGAGCAGAGAAUCAGAGUAGCCUACAACUACAUCUUCCUCCUCUACUGCGACACAGACAAGAGAGUCCUUCCUAACGGGGGCUACUGCCUCAAUGAACAGGACAUUCUAGAUCGGUGGAAUUCCCUGUGGGACGGAGAGAUGUGCGCCUCGCUGGAAGAGCUCUUCAGCGGGUCGACUGUUCUGGACAUGGGGGCAGGGAGAGCCCAUUACGGCCGAUGUUUCCUCCGGGCGAAGGAUAACGUCGUAAGAACAAGUAACAAGAGAGAAGUCGAACGAAUGAACCGCAUGUAUACAGAGCAAAUGCAAAAGGGAGGUCUUCUGGACAAGCCCCAGGUGGUGAAGUCGUGGACAGGCUAUGACGGCGCCCUGAACAUAGAGGAUAUCACAGGCGGCUUCGUACACUACGCCGAUAUCUCUCAGCCGGUUCACUUCGGCAGGAAAUACGACUGGGUGCUGAGCCUCGAAGUGGGUGAACACAUUCCGAAGAAGUUUGAAGCGAAUUACGUUGAUAAUCUGGUCAGACAUGCAUGCAAAGGCAUAGUUGUAAGCUGGGCUGUGAUUGGUCAGGCAGGUCAUCACCACAUCAACAACCAACCAAUGGCGUACGUUCAAGACCUGUUUGAAUCUCGCGGGCUUUUGGUCGACGAAGAAGCCCAGGAAAAACUGAGGGAAAAUUCGCAACUUAAACAUUACAAACACGUUUUUGUUUUUAGGCUGGCCCGUGAUAGGACUUGCUGAAUGGGAAUUGUCUGUCUUUGAUAUGGUGGUGACGGAUGGUGGCUCUAUAAAUGUCAGUCGUUCUUAGAUUUUAUUCACUGGAUGUUUUUGAGUUGGUUUUGUACUGUUUCCCCAAAACAUAGCUUUGUAUUUGUUUCGCGUGCUUUAUCCUAAUAAAGACCUUAAGGAACUGU